ACCCCACCAACCAAUGUACAAAACGAGAAAAAAAAAUCUCAAAAGCUAAAGCGCUUCUCUCUCUUUUUGAUUUUGAGUUCUGAGGCUGCCGAAAUCCAUUCUCUUGAUUUCUUGAAUGGAAAAUGAGCCUCUCCUCGUUUCCCAACCGCGUUUCCACCUCGCCCCCAUUCCGGCGAAUUCCUCCGCCGCCACAAUCCCUCACUCCGUCUCCACUCCCAUCUUCUUGCCGGAGAUUUCUCUACACCAAGACCGUAUUCACGAAGAACUCGAUGACCAAUCCGGGACUGACCCGGAGUCCCAUGGCGGAGCUCCGUUCUUCGUGAAGCCGAGGCCUCUUCACCGGUGCCGGACUGCUCCGGCUAUGGUUAUCAUCAAGGACCUCCAACCCAAGACUACGGAAGUCAAAAAACCAUCGCCCGUCUCCAAAUCGAUCAUCAAACAAGCGAUGAUCUUGCUGGCUGUCUAUUUAACCCUCGGAGUAGCUAUCUAUUCCUUCAACCGCGAUCAUUACUCCGGCGUCGAGACCCAUCCCGUCGUCGACGCGCUCUAUUUCUGCAUCGUCACCAUGUGCACGAUCGGCUACGGGGACAUCGCGCCGUUGACUCCGGCGACUAAGAUCUUCGCCGUCGUCUUCGUCUUGUUCGGCUUCGGGUUCCUGGAUAUUCUCCUCAGUGGGGUUGUGAACUACGUGUUGGACCUUCAGGAGAGCAUGAUCCUGACCGGAAUCCAGAUGGGUUCGUCGAGAAAUCGGGACAAGUUCUCGGCGAGAGACUACAUAGUGGAUGUGGAGAAAGGUCGGAUGCGGAUAAGGUUGAAGGUGGGUUUAGCGUUGUGCGUGGUCGUGUUGUGCAUCGGAGUGGGAUCUCUGGUUCUGUUCUUCGUGGAGAGUCUGGAUUGGGUGGAUUCGAUCUACUUGUCGGUCAUGUCGGUGACGACGGUCGGGUAUGGGGACAGGGCUUUCAAGACGUUGGAAGGGAGGCUCUUCGCGGCGGUUUGGCUGCUCGUUUCAACCCUCGCGGUGGCGCGUGCGUUUCUGUACCUGGCAGAGGCAAGGAUCGAUCGCCGGCACCGGAAAGCCGUGAAAUUGGCGUUGCAUAGAGACAUUACAGUUGAUGAUCUGCUCACUGCUGAUACAUACGAGCACCGUUUCAUCAGUAAGUCGGAGUAUGUGAUCAUGAAGCUCAAGGAGAUGGGAAAGAUCACAAAUAAAGAUAUAAACCAGGUCGUUAACCAGUUCGAGAAGCUUGAUCCCAACAAUUUGGGGAAGAUCACGUUACCUGAUCUGUUGGAGAGGAGGAUUUGCAAUAAAGAAAGGAGAAGAGAAGAUGGAAAUUGCUUCUAUUGAAUGCGUUGCCAAUCUUUCACGACCCCGAUCACUGCUUUGAAGCUCAAGGAAAAGGCUCCUCCUUUUGAUUAUAAUAUAAAUGUAAAGUUUUUUCUUCCUUUUUAUUAUUGGAAAUUCAAUUCUUGAUGUAUAUAACGGGUAUAAGUUUUUUGACAGAGCUCACGCAGGUUGAUUGAAGAAGAUUAUAUAUUAUAAUGAAAAAGGGGGAGCUGGUGGUUUAUCCAUUAAUCAAGAGGGCCCCUUCUGUCUUUGUGUUCCAA